UUUUUACAUGAAUUUUACAGUGAGACCUACUAUCAUUAGACGAAUUUAUUAAGGAGAAUCUGAAAAAUGGCUCCCCUAAAAACGACUAACAAUGUCAUCACAGGACUGAUCGUGAAAAAACAUACAGUAUCAACAAGAAGCAAAAACAUGCUAAAUUGCUCACAAAACAAAGAAACUAAAGAUGCCAGUCGGUUCAAAAGGAAGGCAGAUUGCUCGCCCUCCAAAGAAAACAAAACCACCAAAAGAAUCGCAUUUGGAGAACGUAAUGUCAACGUUGCAGAUUUGGGAAAGUGCAAGGGGGCUGAAGACAAUAGAAAAAAAUCCCUGGUUACCAAAAAAGCGAUAGCGCAAAUCAAACAGUUGCCAUCGGUCAAAACUGUUCUCAAACCGAGACAAAACGAAAAUCUGGCACCACCGCCUGCACCAGGAAAUAAGAUUCUGACCAGAGCAACUAUCAAAAGUAUAAUACCAAAUCAGACGGCCCUGAAACCAAAAGAAGUUCUCAAAGAAAAUAAUAAUGCAAAUAAAGUAAACAAAAGACUUAGCAAUGAGUUUGAAAAGACUGAAGAGACUUUGUAUUCUACUGCCUUAGAGGAUAUUAACGAAUCUACUGUUUACUUCAGUGCCAAAAAACAACACAAUCUGAGAUCCUCUCGGAGCUCUACAGAAUCCUCAUCACCAUGUGUCAAAGAUACAGAGUGUUCCUCAAAUCUGAGCUUGGUGGCGAAGCAGAUCCAGAUGAAACUCAAUUUGGGGAAUCACAGUGUGCCAGAAAAUGUCGACGAUUUUGACAAGGAAAACUGGGAUGAUGUCUACCAGGUGUCACAUUAUGCCAUGGACAUUUUCAACUAUCUCAAAGAUAGAGAAUCCCAGUUCAAAAUUCCCGACUAUAUGGACCGCCAGAUCUGCCUGACUCGGUGGAUGCGCUCCCUACUCAUCGAUUGGAUGGUGGAAAUACAGGAGAGCUUCGAGCUCAACCACGAAACGCUCUAUCUCGGUGUCAAACUGGUCGACAUGUACCUCAGCAAGAUGACGGUUGGAAAGGAGACGUUGCAACUGGUGGGUGCCGCCGCCAUGUUCAUAGCGAGCAAGUUCGACGAACGCAUCCCGCCGAUGAUCGACGACUUCCUGUACAUCUGCGACGGCGCGUAUUCGCGCAGAGAGCUCAUCCGGAUGGAGAUGAACCUGCUGAAGAUGUGCGGCUUCGAUCUGGGCAUCCCGAUCAGCUACAGGUUCCUCAGGCGAUACGCGAGGUGUGCAAAAAUAACAAUGCCUGUCUUGACACUGGCCCGGUUCGUUUUGGAGUUCUCCCUGAUGAAUUACGCCACAAUUUCGAUAAGAGACUCGAAACUGGCGUGUGCUGCUCUGUAUUUAGCCCUCAAAAUGAAGAAAAUCAGCGAAUGGACGCCAACAUUGGAAUUCUACACGGGCUAUAAACUUGACGAAUUCAAAGACGUCGCGACAGUACUCAACACGGGUCUCCAUCACCCAAUAAAAACACAGCUGAUGACAGUACGUAAUAAAUAUUCACACAAAAUAUUUUUCGAAGUCGCCAAAACACCGCUCAUUUCCAACGAAGACCUUUAACCGUAAUUUCAAUAGGAAAAGCCGACACGAUAAGUACCUCGAAAACAUAAUUUUUAUUGACAUUAUACAAUAAUCGUUUUUUGUAUGUAAGAUAUACACAAUAUAUAUUUUAAUUCGUGUUGUGAAUAACUGUGUCAUCGAGAGUAUUAGGAAAUGUAGAUCAAAGCAUUUUGCUCACAAGUUUAAUUGUACAUUCAUUCAAAAACGUGUAACUAGUCUUUCAAAAUAUUGGAACAUUCAUAAUCUUUUAUAUAUUUUGCUUUAGAAAAAAUCCGUGUACUUGAACAAUUCACUGCAUACUACAGCAUCUGAUUUUCAAAGAUCUCUUGUAUUAUUGUGUAUAUUCCAAAAACAGUCCUGUUUUAUAUCCAUUUUGAUUUAGUUGAUUUUUUAAUGCAAAUAUAACAUUGUUUUAAUGACU